CACCAGGCCUAGGGCCAGGAAAAAGAGAGUUGUUUCAUCGGCGCACAGAAAGCAGUGUACUUUACCCACACAACCACAACCAACAUGUCCAUGUCAUCAUCCGCCUUUGGAUCCUUGGGAUGUUCCUUCUGGUCCACCCAACUCAACUUUACAAAGCCCAUAUCGGCAAGACACUAUUGUUUGUUGGGAAACGAUCGCUACACGGCUCCCACCACGGUCGGCGACUGCAACCAUAUCCAUGAGAACAACGGAGGAGCCCCCAAUUGUCACGAAUGUCUGGCAUGGGAUGGCCGGUCGUCACGACAAUGCAACUACUACAAGGGUCGUGGACAGGAGCUCGGAAUAGUACCGCCAGUGGCGGGAUACCAAGACUGGAGUUGUCCCGUGGGCUACGAGAGCUUUGCCGACGUUCACCAUUUAGACAUUGCGUGUCCCGUACAUUCUGUGUUGCUCUUGGAAAUCUUGCCCAAUACGGCCAUGGGGGCACUGGCGGCGGCAUUGGAAGCCGAAACGAACUACUCGACGAGAUCCUUCUACGAUUUCCAAGUUGACACGCCCGAUGAGGUGACGCGCGUAUUUGAAGCUCGUCAAUGUUUGACUGGUGUCGGAGGUCGUGGUUGUGGCCGGCACAUGAUUCGAAUGUUUGCCCAUCAUCAAGAAGGCCUGUGCUCACUCGAGUUUGUCUCUGGGACUGGGUACAAGGUUCGAUGCCUCAAUGGUUUUCAAGAGGACUCGUCCUUUCUGGGCGGAAUGCAACGACAGAACUGUCACACUUACAAUGGACUGUCUUGUCUGGAGGUUAUGCAACUUCAACCGGGAGCAUUGUCCAAGACGGAUGUGAUUGUUGUAGAUGGCGCAGGAAAUGGCAAUCGACUCUACUACGAAGGUUUAUGUGACCUUCAUGAUUGGAAAGGACUCUCCAACCCACUGGCAUUGUUAGUUGGUGCUGGAAUCAUGCUAAUUACAUUGGCGCCAAGUUUAUUCUGCUGGCGAAGGGGCAGCAGCAAUAUUGGACCAACGUUCCUUGUGGGUCUCUUGUCAGAAGCACUCAAGAAUGGCGCCGUGGUAGCUUCUAUCCUUGCAGUUGAUUGGGAAUGCCUCCAGCAGUAUGGGUUGUUCGCUCCUUCUGAGAACAAUGCAGUCUUUCUCCCCUACACUUUGAUUGUCUUUUCGUUGGCAGAUACUAUCCUUGCUGUGAUUGCGUUGUUCUCGAAAAGAGACAAGAAGAAACUGGAAGAUUCCUUUGACCAAUUCAAGUGGAGAGAUCACUACUCAACUUGCCAUCGGCGGUUCUUGACUUCCAGUACCAUUGCCGUCCUUGGUGGACUAGGAGGAUUCAUGCAGCUAUCACUGAUGCUGCAGGGCACUGUGGAAAGUUCAAUUGGUUCUUCAGGAAGCAAUCUUCUGAGUGUCGCGGCGUCUUGGGUCUUUAUCAUUAGUGCCUCCAUUGGUGGACUAUUUGGAUCAAUGAUGAUACUGUACGGUGUGUACACUGGAAAAAUGUGGUUAGCCUGGAAGACGUACAAAAUCCUUGUUGGUUGUGUUCCAGGCGUGGUCAUUUCGGUUGAUUUGGCUGUUGUGUUAUCCCCGGGAUGGAUUCUGGAGACUUCCAAUGAUGUCCUCCAUAUUCUCCUUUAUGCACCCGCUCUGUGGAAGGCGUACAAAACUCGCCAGUAACAACUUCUUUUCGGCUUGUUUUUACAAUUCCCUCUGGUGGAAAUCCUUCAAACUGCGAGCAGGAAUGUACACCAGGUCACCAGUCUUCCCUGGGCCCAUGAUUUCAUUUUUUCAGGCAUUGCAACAUCUUAAUCUAACUAAUGGCAUUAUUUCCAGGUUUAGCAAACAGCUUUCAAGGUGCUUUCCCAAAACCCACAGCUUGGACAGGAAGCGUCGAAAGCCGGAGGUGCCAGGGGCCUCUGCAGCUCUGCUGUAUUUUCUACUUCCACCUGUCAUUUUUCGCCAGA